CCUCUUUUGUUUAUUUUAUCAUGUUAAAAAUAGUAUCGUUUAUAUUUUAUCUAAUAGUAUGGCAUCUAACUUAUGCCAGUAUUAUGGAUGUUUUGACUCAGGAUAAACGAUUUGAAACACUUGUUGCUCAUAUUGAACAUUUUGAGUUGAUUCAGUUCAUGAACGAUCUUGAUGGAGUUACGCUAUUUACCCCCGAUAAUGAUGCCUUUAAAAAUUAUGAGUUUAAAAUUGAUCGCUCUACUUUACUUUACCAUGUCAUCAAGAAAGGCAUGAAAGCAUCUGAAUUUUAUGAUGGACAAUUAAAGGAAACAUUUCUGGCUUCAGCAGGACAUUUAAACCCAGAUAGACCUGGACAACGCAUAAAGUUCAAUGUAAAAGAAGAGAAUGUGUAUUGUGGUGGAGAAGCAAAGAUUAUUGAAAAGGAUAUUCCAGUAAAUAAUUCAACCUGGAUCCAAGUCGUAGAUCACGUUUUGCAACCACCACACCUUUUAGGAAAUACAAUCUUGGAGAGAAAUAAGCCACUCUAUAAUCUAAUGAACUUAUCGAAAACAAUAGAUAUUUUAAAUCAAAAAAGGCCUUUUACAGUGUUCGUGUCGACCAAGAAUGAUAUUUUUGAAAAGUUUAAUGAAAUUGAACAUAAUUAUUUAACAUCAAAAUAUGCGAUAGAAGAUUUAGCAGUCUUUUUUAAUUAUACAAUCAUUGAUAAAGCUAUUUUUAUGAACGAAUUUACUUCUGGAAAGACAACAUAUAAAUCUUUGUCUGGGGAUUCUUUAGUUAUCGUAUCUGAUAAAAAGUCCAUGACAGUGAAUGGUAUACCCAUUAGGUCUACUGAUAUUAUUGCUUCUAAUGGUGUUAUUCAUGAGAUCAGUGAUACUUUCAAACCAGAUAUUCAAUUUGAUGCUAGAAAGUAUCUUUAUGGCAUGAAUAAAACAUAUAUGAUUGAUUGGAUAGAACAGCAUAAUUUGGGUUACCUUAAUCAUUCUUCAUCAGAAAAUUAUACAUAUUUAAUACCUCCAUUAGAAUCUGUUAAUCAAUCGUUGGUAUCUACUCAUUGGCUUAGCUAUCACAUUCUUGAAAAGGCCUGGCUAGAAAAUAAACUACGUGAUAAUACCCUAUUAAAAACCGAAUUUAAAUCAGAUGAUUUAGCAGGGCAUCGACAACGACUUCCUGUCUAUGUACAACAUGAGGAUAUAAUGACAUCAGGAGGCAAAUCCAUUAUAUUUGAUAAGUCUCGUAUGAUUGGUGAUAAUGUGAGUGUGAAUGGUGAUGUUAUUUAUCAAAUAUCAGAGCCAUUGACUAUGCCUGGCAAUAUCUUCAAAGAGUUAGCAGUAGAUUUGGAUCUGUCCACCUUUAUUGCCGUCUUGUAUGUUUCUGGAAUUAUUGAGGAAAUCAAACAAGUCAGGGGGCUUACACUCUUUGUACCAACAAAUAAUGCAUUUACAGAACUGGGAUUGGUGGCUAAAUAUUUAGUACAUCUCUCAGCUCGUUCUCGUUUACAAGCAUUACUUCGACAUCAUAUCCUUCCUACUCCCUUAUACUAUCAUGAUUUUAUAACAAAGGACUAUAAGACAUUAGCCAACACUACACUUCAUACUCAUCGUAAUAAAACAGGUGUUGUUAUCGGUGAUAAAGGGAUCAUGACAUCUAACAACUUAUUAGUGUCAACAGGUGUCGUACAUCAGAUCUCUCAGGUCCAGAUACCAUUUGAGAUUACGAAUACAGAUGUUUUGGUCGGUAUUGAAGAAGCAAAGACAAUGGUUCAAGUCCUGAAACGUGCUAAUCUUUGGGAAGAGAUUCAGAAAUCAGAUCAUAUUAUUUUGACGCCAACCGACGAAGCCUUUGCUCAUCUAGAUUUAGACCGAUUAUUAGACGAUCCUUAUCAGUUGGAUCGUAUCGCUAGAUUUCAUAUCGUACCACAUAGAUGGCAAUCAGAUUGGAACAACGACUAUGCAACAUUAUUAUCAAAGGUAGAUAAGAUAGUAUUUAAAGGUAAAAAAGAUACUGGCAUCAUAUUGAAGGUCAAACAUGGGAGUGACCAUGAAGUACAUGUAACGGAGCUUGGUCAUGUUUAUGGUGGUAGUGGUGUGAUGAUGAUAGAUACAGUAUUGAUACCAAUCAGAAGAGGAUUUUUUGGACUACCCUUCUUCUGGUCAGUUGUGGUUCUGUUAACCCUAUUAGUUUUAAUGAGUGCCCUAUUAGGAGUGGUAGGAUUUUUUGCAUAUAAAAUAUAUCAUCGAAGAAGAUUAGGAUAUCGACCCAUUUAUUAGCAAAAUAAUGAUAUUCAUUCUUCAUUUCCCAUUUAUUUAUUUUUCACCUAUAUAAGCAAAUAUAUAUAUAUAUAUUCUUUUAAUUGAAAUUAACAAAUAUAUUGUAUGAUAUUCCUUUUUUUUUCCCCCAAGUGUACAGAUUUAUAUGGAAUGUAUAUUUUAUUAAAC